UUAUGGUCAGUCUCCUUCUAUAAUUUGGUGAUCAGACCUACAAUGGAAAAAGGAGGAGAGGGUGAUAUAAUUCCGAAAAAUGUAAUAGAUGCAGUGAAGAGAAGCCUAGUGAACGUGGAGGAGCUCAGUGUCCACUUGCUCGAGUUCUUGACUCUCUGUGAACCAGAUGUUCUUGCAGAAAUGGCUCCUCUCCAGCGAGCUCAAGUGCUUCUGAUGCUCGCUAGGGCUACUUCGACACUCUAUACAUUGUGGUUGAGGAGUAGUGGAGUUCACCCAGAUAAUCAUCCGGUUAUAACAGAUCUCGAGAGACUAAGCUUGUACCAUGAUAAACUAGAACGGUGUAUGGAUUUGAGCAAGGCACCACUGCGACCUUCCACUACCUUGAAUUAUCAGGCGGCAACUCGUUUUAUUGAGCAUUCCUUGCCGUGUCUUACGCCAGUGCAAAGGCAAAGUAUGAGGGACAUAAGUAGAGGAGAGGGGGGAAAGAGUAAGUUCUCCGAAGGUAGGACUUCCCGAAAAAAGAGGAAAUGCCAAUCAUCUGAGAAGCAAUCUGUUCGGGCUGCUGCUCAAGAUUUUCUUGAGAAAGCAGCCAAGGAGCUUCUAGGUGAUAACAAAGGUGACCUGAAAGGGCCUCUACGGAUGGAGAGUUUGGAUGAAGAAGACAUGCCUAUGAGUUGAUUCUCAUUUUGUUCAGCUUGGUAGAUUUAAAUUACAUGUUUCCUUCAUAACACUCUGUUCACAUUUUCUUUUGGUCUUUCCCCCUUUGUAUUUAACCAGAGUAGUGGAAUUCGCAUCCUUUUUGCCAA